GCGAUGAUUUGGUUGGAGUGCAAACGCUGGAAUGUGUCAUUUUCACAGCGCGCACAUCCUCGAUCAACACCAAGAACCAAGCAAGCGAAAAGCCAACUCAAAGGACUGUUUGCUGAUCAGAAGACUCCACGACCCACGACCAAGACAGACACAAACAGAUACAUCACCGCUUUUCCAGAACCUUCCCCAACCAAUCAGCACUCUGCUGCGCUGCUAUACGUCUAGCAACCAGCCAACCCAACAGCCCACCAACCCAACGAAUAGCCAGUGCACACCAUCACCACCGCAUCUCCACGUUCAUUUCCAGAGAGCCGACACAACAAGCAGGCAAGCCAGUCAAGUCAAGCCAGCACGCGAUCACUGUGAGAAGACGAAGCAGUCACCAACACCACCACUCCCGCAGAGACAACAACAACAGCAAACGCCAUGAUGACGAGAACAUCUACCAGCGCGCCUCCCAUGACGUACAACACGCUCAUCCCCAUUGCCUACAAGAAGAACUGCCGCAUGGCCGAGGACUCGUCCACAAGCCUGCGCAAGAGCCUGAUGCAGCGUGACAUGUGGAGGAAGCUGCAGAACAUGUUUGCCAAGUGCGACAACGUGGAGGCCCUCGCCUCCUCGCCAGUGCUCACCCGCCGCGAGCGCUCUGUGCCAUCCAUGCGCAGGCGCUCCCGCCUUAGCGCAUCCGCCACCGCAACCAAGCCUGCCACGGCCACGGCCAUGGACGUGUCCAAGGACGUCGAGAACCAGGUGCCUAAGCAGCAACAAGAGCAGCCAUCGGCGAUGGACACCACAAGCUGUGCGCACACCACCCCGUACCAGGCGCGUUACCCAGCGAUGCGCCAGUCAGCACCCCACCGCCAGCACCACCGCCAGCACCACCAGGAGCUGCCCAGCGUCUCUGACACGGAGUCUGAGGACUCUAGCUCAGACUCGGACGAGGACAUGCAGGAGGAACAGAGCGACGUGCCUCCCCACGUCACUGUGCAGACUGCCACAGACGCGGCCUCCUCCUCCUCCUGCGCCCAGGACUAUGCCAGCCACUCGUUCAAGGCGCAACACACGCAGCCGUGGACGCACCCGACCGCGCACACGCCCCACCACGUCGUCUGAGAAGAAGGGUGGCCGCCACAGACAGACAGCUUUGGCGACAGGAGCGUUGUGCGCUGGUCGUACACCAUGGCCUCUUGUGUAUGCAUGUGCAUUUGUGGGGCGGUGCAAUUGCCACCACCACCACCACCACCACCACCACUUGUUACUUUGGUUUGGCCUUGGGUUUUGGCUUGAUGCCAGUUAUCUUGCACCUGUUCCUCUGACCCUUGAGAGAACGUCGUCAGCACCGCCUUGCGUGCUUGUCGUUCAUAAUGCUACACCUGCUUGCGACCCCCUGUUGUUCAAAGGGGGUCGCUUAACACGCGGUGACAUGGCCUUUUGUUCUUCUGCUUAGUUUCGAUUCGUAUCAUUUGGUGACAUGAGCACCGCGCUUCUCAUUGAUUGAUUGAUUGGUCGAUUGAUCGAUCGAUCGAAUCAUUGAUUGAUUGAGAGAGGAUGUGCCUCUCCUUGCCCUACACGCUCUUUUUGUUCUUCAUGCCGAGUGUGCCUUACAUUUAUUGGUCCACGCAAGUACAACAACAAUCAAUCCAA